AUGCCGGUAGAUGUUGGUUCGAGAGCACAAACAUUCGGCCUAGAGCCUAACUACCCCUGCUGUACUGUUAACCAACAUCAAGGAUAUCCCAAAUUCGUGUCCGCUAUGUUUGUGCGGAAAGGGGAGGAUGGCAUUGGACAGGCGCUGCUUGGACCAGCUGAGGUACGAACCACAACAAGCUCAGGGACCAAAGUUAAUAUCAACUGUGAAACCGCCUAUCCAUUCGACAACGCACUGUCCUACAAAAUCGACGCGGGAGGACCAUUUACAUUAUCCUUCAGGGUGCCUUCGUGGGCUGACAAUGCCAAGUCCUUGGUCUCCGUCGACAGCGCUGGAGGCACUUCCUUGAAGCCCAGCCCUGCGACAGGGAUGCACGAUGUCUCCAUAACACAAGGGAAACAUGUAGUCACCGUCUCGUUCGCUACUGAAAUCCGCGUGGAGAAGCGUGCCCGCAACACCGUCGCUGUUUACUAUGGAGCGCUUCUCUACGCCGUCCCGAUCGACGCACGCGUCACCUAUGUCAAGAGCAAUUACCCUGGCGCACCUGAUAGUGCGAGAGAAUACACGAUGACGCCGUCCUCGAAAUGGGCGCUGGCGAUUGAUCCAUCGACGCUCCGCUUCAAUGCUCUGGCCGCUCGCGGUGACGACGGUGCAGCAACACCCAACAACGAAAAUCAGCUUCCAAACCCGCUCUGGGCGGAAAAAGCGACAUCGACUUCAAUUUCGGCGCGGGCUUGUGAGAUUAAGUGGGAGUUGACGGAGCCGAAGGGGGAAGGCUAUGCGCCGGACCCGCCACGAGAAUCGGAGCGGGAGUGUAUUGGGAAGCCAUUCGAGGUUAAAUUAAUGCCGUAUGGGAGUGCCAGGUUGCAUAUGGCGGAACUCCCAACGGUUAAGUUGGCGUAG